AUGAAGACAUUCAAUCAGAAACUGGAAACGAAAAACUCUAAGGAAAAAUCACCCAAAGACGAUGAAAUCGAGCCGUUAUGGGAUUUCGAUUUCCGCAAGGUAGACCCUAUUAAAUACCAGCCAUAUAAGACUCAAGGGCACGUUACUAUGGGAAUCCAAAAACGCGUUCGUUCGGAUUGGAUCAGAAUAGAUCGUGGCUAUCUCAGUCGUAUCCAAGAGCGUUUGCCUCUUAUCCGAGAAAAAGCGGAGUUCACCAUCGGGACCGGCGAGGCCGUCAACCCAGCCAUCGAGGAAUUAUACGAAGAGAUCAUGAUCAGGUACUUGCCCGCUAGGUUCCCAACCAUGUUCAAGACGACGACGCAAGGGAAGAUGCGGGGGAAAUCGGUCAAGAAUUUAGCUACGGGAACUACUUACCCACUCACGACCGAGGGACUUACACAUGCCCAGAUGUUGGCAUACAUGGGAGAAAACGUCGAGGAAGACUUCUACUUCAUGUGUCCUGACGCAAACGGAGACUACCGUCUACAAGGAUACAUUGCUUGCUUCCCAGGAGGAUUCCUUAGUCCAGCCCGAGUCGGUGAGUCCGUCCGGGAGAUCCACAAACCAGUUCCAGGCUACGAAAGGAAGCUCGGACUCAGCGUGGAUCGGUAUUUUGCUCGGAUGCAGCCCGGCGACUUCAUAGGACGCAUGAACUGGUCUCUCCAAGUCGACGGUGCCGAUCUCUUCCGCACCGACGGUAACAACUACUAUCCCGGAACUGGUCAACAGGUCGAGGAGUACAAGGAAGAUCCUUCUCUCGACGAGUGCUACCUGCGCGUGGAGCACCAGACGCUCACCAAACUACCGCGUACGGGCGCCAUCAUCUUCACCGUCCGGUCCUACAUGACUCCGCUGCACCAAGUGAAAGCCGAGGGGGAUGGAAAGGCGCUGGCCCAAGCCAUCGAAUCCAUGCCUGAGGGACUGGGUCAUUAUAAAAUGGUUCAGUACUGGGGCAGAAAGGUUUUGCCUUGGCUGAUGGAGGACAUCUGA